AUGUACAUUUGUUUAUCAAAGUGCAGGGCAAAGGCGUACACAAUAGGCUCAUAUCUAUCUAUCUAUCUAUCUAUCUAUCUAUCUAUCUAUCUAUCUAUCUAUCUAUCUAUCCUAUUAUACUAUAAACACUUUCUCUAUCGCUCUCUCUUUCUUUCUUUCUUUCUUUCUUUCUUUCUUUCUUUCUUUCUUUCUUUGUCUCUCUCUCAAACUCCAUCUCUUUCUUUUUUCUUUCUCACUUCCUUUUUUCUUUCUCUCUUUUUUUCUUCCACCCGCUUUUCACUUUCUCUCUUUUUCUUUUACGCAAUCUUAAAGAGAAUAUAUCAAUUUAGGCAUCGCUUUCCUUUUCUCACUCUUUCUAAUCUGAGUUCUUUCUCUCACUUUCUCUUUCUUUCAUUCUCUCUUUCUUUCUUUUUCUUUUACGCAAUCAUACAGUUCUCUUGCUCUCUCACAAUCUCUCUCUCUCUCUCUCAAUCUCUCUUUCUUUGCCUUUUCUUUCUUUCUUUCUUUCUUUCUUUCUCAUUUUCUCUCUCACUUCCAGCCUGUCUCUCUCAUGGUGUGUUUUGCAAAAUAUUUUUUCUCUCACCUUCCCACGACUGA